AUGGAGACGGGGGGGGCUCCGGUGGCGGCUCUGUCUCCAUGCAAGGGAUGGGGACGCUGCGGCUGGGGAGCCGUGCUGUCAUGUACACGGCCGAGACACUGCCCAAGGGCAAGAACCGAGUGAUGGGGACUAUCCAGAUCAUGACCGGCUUCAUGCACAUUGGCUUCGGUAUCGUCCUGACCACACUCACCAAUGUCUACUCCUCCAUCUUCAUCACCGGCGAGAUCCCCUUCCUGGGCGGUGUGUCUUUCAUCAUCUCAGGCUGCCUGUCCAUUGGGGCAGAGAAGAGUCCCACGGAGUGUGCGGUGAAGGGCAGCCAAGCCAUGAACAUCAUCAGCGCCAUCUUUGCGCUCCUGGGCAUCGUCGCCUUCAUCAUUGACCUCAACUUCAACGGGCUGUACCGCUCCAGCGAUGACUACUACAGCUACCUUGUCAUGCUCGCAGGGAAUGGCAUCUCCAUCGUGCUGCUCAUCUUCACCGUCCUGGAGUUCUGCAUUGCUGUUGCCACUGCCAACUUCUGGUGCCGAGCAACACGACUCAGCCCCAAUGAGGCCAUGCUGAUCGUGCCCAGCACCACCAGAGUGGACCUGGCUGUGGUGCAAGCAGAGCUGCCACAGCCGCCCAGCUACUCGGAGCUGGCAGCUCCUGAAGUAUAGCUGGGCAGCAAGGAUGUCACAGAAGCCACCUGCAGCUCCAGGGCAUCGGCCCCUUCUCCUGCUGCACUGCAGGCUGGGCCAUGCUUUGUAGCCCCUGAACUCAGCCCCUGUCGUCGUCCCCCAGCCCGCCCCUCCUGACCCCCAUACCCUGCCCAGCUCUCACCUCCUGGCUCUCUGGGAAGGGAUGGAGGUGGUCCUGCCCCAUUACCCCAGCCAGGUGCUGGGCACCACACAGCAGCCGGACUCAUUCCAUUGUCAGCUCAGCCCCCGCUGGCUUCACUUUCUCUUGAAAAUAAAAUAAUAAAAUGCUGUGGCCA